AAAAAAACUGGUUUACAUACGUCAUCGUGAACACGACUGCUACGCAGCGUUCGGUUGCGAAAAUUUAUAUAAGCCUGCGACACACCGGAGAUCUCUUUAGAUAUAAGUAAACUGCAGAACUGAGUGCAUCGUGCAUGCGUUUCCUUUUUUAGAAAAGCGCGCGUAAUUCAAAUCAAUACAAUAAUCCAUUCUGAAUAACCGAACUGGUACUUCGUUAAUAACAAGUGCGGACGGGAAUGUGACUGUUGUGUUAUUCAUAAAUGUUAUGUGUCUAAUCGUUUAUUUAUAGCACAUUUUGAAAUUUUAUGAAUUAAUUCAUAUUAUUUAGUUUUUUUUAUUAGAACGUUCAUUGGUUGUGUGACAUUGAAAAGGAGCUGACGUUGGUUUACGACGUUUAAAUCGCAGUGUUUAUUAUAAAUAUAUUAUAUAAAAAGAGUCAAAACAAUUUAUUGUGUGUAUUUUAUUGGAUAUUCAAAAUGAAGGAUUUGGUGAAGAUUUGGAACAAUGUGACCGGGAGGAGAUAUUCGUCAGUGAACACUAGUGAAUUAAAUGAUUUUAAUAAACAAAGGCGAUCGGAAAUUGACAAUUUUGAAGCGAAUUUAGCCGAGUGUGAAAUCUUGAAUAACAAAUUUAACGAUGAUUUGGAGUUUAACGAUAAGAAAAAUGCUAUAAUUAAUCGACUUUUCGAGAGAAGAAAGAAGGGACAAAUCGGGAGACAACCGAAAUUUGUAACGUAA